AUGGCCCCACCAGCAGCAGUUGACGAGAUCGCCUCUAGCCUCGCUAUGGGCGGUGAUGUUGAUCCCCAAGGUGCCACUACAUUUUUUACCUCCCUUCCAUUUGCUGGAAAAGUCGCCCUCAUAACCGGUGCAUCCCGUGGAAUCGGCCGUGGCAUGGCUCUCGAGCUCGCCCAGCGCGGCUGCUCCAUUAUCGCGAACUAUGCGUCGUCCGCGACAGAAGCCAAGUCGCUCGUUAGUGAGAUCCACAAGCUCGGAACUGGCGCCAAGGCCAUUGCUCUGCGUGCCGAUGUCUCUAAGCCUGAUGAGAUCUUCCAGCUCUUCGAGGACGGCAUCGCCCACUUUGGCCACCUGGACUUCGUCAUUUCAAACUCCGGCACUGAGGUUUGGAAAGAUGAGCUCAAGGUCACCGAGCAGGACUUCGAUCGAAUUUUCGACCUGAACUGCCGUGGUCAGUUCUUCGUCGCCCAGCAAGGCAUGAAGUAUCUCCCACGCGGCGGCCGCAUCAUCCUCAUGUCCUCGAUUGCUGCCUCCAUCUCGCAUGUGCCUAACCACGCCUUAUACGCAGGCUCAAAGGCAGCCGUGGAGGGGUUCACAAGGUGCUUCAGCAUUGAUUGCGGCCCGAAGGGUAUAACCUGCAACGCGAUUGCUCCGGGAGGCGUCAAGACCGACAUGUUUCAGGGUAAUGCAUGGCAUUAUACACCUGGCGGAACACCGGAUACGCCAAUGAGCGAAAUCGAUGCGGGUAUUGCAAAGAGCUCCCCAUUGAAUCGCGUUGGGUAUCCAGCUGAUAUUGGCCGUGCCGUAUCACUACUUGUGAGCCCAGAAAGCGAGUGGAUUAAUGGCCAGGUCAUCAGGCUGAGUGGAGGAGCCAUUUAA